UUACAUUACGUUCUGCAGAGAGUGUCGUAAUUCGCAAAAGUUUUGAAACGGUUCUGAGAUCUUAAGAUUCGGCCAAAAAUGUCGAGGCACGCUUUGAUAGGUGGCGGCACCGGCUUCAUUGGCCGCAAUCUGGCGAAUCAUUUGAACCAAAAGGGUUACGAUGUGACUGUGAUCUCCCGGAUGCCUGGUCCCAAGCGCAUCACCUGGCACGAACUGGAGAAGAAUGGGAUUCCUGGAUCCGUUAAUGCCGUGGUAAACGCCACUGGUCAGAACACCUUGGAUCCAACAAGGCGGUGGACACCAGGAUUCCAGCAAAACGUUUGGAACUCCCGCGUUAAUUCCUCGAAAACUCUAGCUCAGGCCAUCAAGUCGGCACCCCAGGUUACCUCCUUUGUUAAUCUCUGCGGGGUGAGCCACUAUAAGCCGUCGGAGUCGAAGAUUUAUAACGAGGACGACCAGGUGCAGGGAUUCGACUACAUGUCCAGGUUGUGCUUGGCCUGGGAGGAAGCGGUCGGCACUGGCGACGAACGAGACUGUAGAAGUACCAUCCUAAGGUGCGGAGCUGUUGUGGGACAUGGCGGUGGAAUGGUUCAGUCCAUGUGGCUGCCCUUCAAGCUGGGAGUGGGCGGUCCGUUGGGCAACGGCAAGCAGAUAAUGCCCUGGAUUCACAUGAUAGAUCUGUGCAGUCUGAUACAGCACAUCAUAGAGAAACCUGUGCCAGGAGUGGUCAAUGCAGUGGCACCUGAAAUAGCCAGCAAUUUGGAAUUUAGCAAAGCCUUUGCCAAAGCGCUUCAUCGACCUUGCCUCUUUGGCGUUCCCGAAUUUGUGGUCCACGCAAUCUUUGGAAAGGAGCGCGCAGCUCUAGUCUUAAGUGGAGCCAAGGUGAAGCCCCAGAAAGCCCUUUCCUCCGGCUUUAAGUUUCAAUAUCCCACUGUCAAAGAGGCCGUCCAACAACUGACCCUCAAAGGAUGAACUCAACUGGCACUAAACGUGGCUUAAAGCUUCAGCAAGGACUUGAGUGCUUUCUGUACAUUAAAUUGUUGGUAGUACCAAGCGCAAAAUUAUACGAAUUUCUACGAAUUGGGGGAUUUAACAAUCACAACCCCGAAAAUAGAACCAUUUAAUCUGUUUACUCAUUAUUCACGCUCAUCAGUAUUUCACAAUUUUUUAGUGUCACAUUAAUUGUAAUUAUUGGCUUAAUUCGUUUUAUAAAAACAUUUUCAAAUUAUAUCCAUUGUUCUGUCUGAAG